UUCGGAUAUCUCCAUUUGAGCCAAGGCAGUCAUUAUUCUGUCAGUGAAACAAUCAGAAGUCGGAAAGUUUCCAUAAUGAUAAACCAACAAUUUGAUUACAAUUUAAUUUCACAUAUUGAUUUAAAUACAGAAUGACUCGGACACGGGCUUGUCUAAUAUAUUUCCAUAUUUAUGGGUCAAUCAUGAAAGCACAGUAGGCCUACUGUGAUGGCUACGAACAGCGUGGGAGUUGUUUCAGGGGCUUGUCAAUCGCAGGGCCACAGCUGUAUAUUUUAAUGAGUGGAUUAGUAAGUCCAUGGUGUGGGACUUAUACAUAAUAUUUGUGGGAUAGCCCAGGGAGCGUGCCAAAAACUACUUUAAUUCAUACCCAAAGUGCUAAACCGUCUUAACGGCUGACUAAUUCAAGUUCAGUCGAGUUCCAAGAGAGCCGCUUUGAGCGCAGACCGGUCUCCAAUAAGCUGUCUUGACUGGCGGCUCACUUGACUUUUAGUUUCGUUUCGAGUGUCGACGCUGGCGGUUGUGUGCUGCUGUUUUGGGGAUCACGAAGAGGUGUGUUAAGUGCCGACCCGAACUGUUGGCAUUUGUGAAUUUAUUGGAGCCAUGCUGCGAUUCAGAUUAGGUCUGCUGCUUCUGUGGGCGGUUUCUGCCCUGGCAAACGACAAUCUUCGCGUGGCGUACGAGUGGCGGGAAAUGGACUUUAAGUACGCCAGUCCGGACCAGAGAUGGUCGGCCAUCGAACGGGGCGAGUUCAAGCCGGCCAAUGUGAUACCCUUUGGCCUGGAGGUCGCCGGCCACCGACUAUUCGUCACCCUGCCCAGAUGGAGGGACGGAGUGCCGGCCUCGUUGGCCUACCUUGAUCUUAAUGAUACGUCCAGCAAGGGUCCAGCCUUGAAGCCGUUCCCCAGCUGGCAGGCUCACAAUCUCCAGGAAGCCGAGCCGGAAUUGGUAUCCCCAUUCCGCGUGCGAGCCGAUCGAUGCGGACGCCUAUGGGUACUCGACUCAAGGAUCUCCGGAGUCCUGGAGCAGACCAAAAUCUAUGGAGCAGCCCAGCUGCUGGUCUACGAUCUGCAUAAUGAUGAUUUGUUGAGACGACACGUUUUGCCAGCCGCUCAGUUGAAGCAGGGAUCUUUGUUGGCCAAUCUGGCGGUGGAGGACUCUGACUGUGAGAACACCUUUGCCUACGCAGCCGAUUUGGGCAGUCCCGGCUUGGUGGUUUACUCAUGGAAGGAUCAGGAAUCGUGGCGUGUGCAGCAUCACUUCUUCCACCCCGAUCCCAUGGCCGGUAACUUCAGCAUCAACGGCAUUGAGUUUCAAUGGGAUGAUGGUCUAUACGGACUGGCUCUAUCAAAGCCCCUGGAAACGGGCUAUUCCACCCUGUACUUCCAUCCACUCUGCUCCACUACGGAAUUCUCGGUGGAUACAGCGAUACUGCGAAACAAGACCCUGGCCACAUCGCCGAUGAUUUAUCGAGAAUUCAAGGUGCUGGGCUCCAGAGGACCGAACACUCAGGCUGGCGCCGAGUUCUUGGAUCCGGAUACCGGGGUCCUUUUCUACGCCCUGCCCAAUCUGAACGAAGUCGCCUGCUGGCGCACUGCCACAGACUUUAGCCACAGCUCCCAAAGCCGCAUCUACAUGAACAAUGAGACCUUGGUUUUCCCCAGUGACAUUAAGGUGGAUGAUCAGAAACGUCUGUGGGUUCUAUCCAAUCAGCUACCCAUCUUCAUCUACGAUGAGCUCUACCCCGGCUCAAUUAAUUUCCGUAUUUUAACUGCCAGUGUUAAGGAGGCCAUUGAGAACACAGCCUGUGAAAUUAGAACUUCCCCUCUACCAGAUGUAAUCAACAAGCUGGGGGAUAUUCUUAAUACUAAUAUCAAGGUGAGGGCCAAUUCGGCUCCUUCCCUGAGGAACCUGAGCUCCCUGAUGGUCGUUGGCUUGUGUUUGCUGAUGGGCUUUAGAAUCUAGAUCAAUGGGUCUGUACAUAAGUAUCUUGUAUACUUAAAAGAAAUGUUUAAUGUUUUUUUCUGGAUCAGGAUCACUUGGAAUAAUUCUUUUAAGCAUUUUCUCUGAUUUCUUAGACGUAGAAAAUAUUUUAUUUGAGCGCAAUUGUAAACUGUUAAGUUGUAGGCUUAAAAAAACUUAAACGUUGUACGUGAAGUUGAUUAAAUGUAAGAAGUGUA